UUUCUUUUUCUGUUUUAUUUUGUAAUUUGGAGGGCAAAAGCGUCCAUGCAACCGGAUUUCCCCCCAAACUAUCAACACUGCGCCGCAUCCAGGGAUUGCAAGAUUGCCCUCGGGGAUCUGUUAACUCUUGAAGGUUUGGAGUUCUUUUUCCUCCUUCCCCCUCCACCCCCACUUUUUAAGAAACAGAAGAAACCAAAGUCUUGCUAAGGGUGCCUGAUGCCAUGGCUGACGAUAACGACCUGUUUGCUGAGAUCGCUGAAAAGGGGAGCGAAAGCUUGGAUGUGGAUUCGCAGGGCGCCGCCACUGAGCCCAGCACACUGCUUCACAAGCUGAAAGGCGCCAUCUCGAAAUCCGUCCAGAGCAAAGUUGACUGCAUACUGCAAGACGUCCAGAAGUUUUCGGAUUAUGCCAAGCUUUACCUCUACCUGCAGCUGCCUUCUGGCCCGAGUUCGGGAGAGAAAAGCCUGGAUCUUGCUUCGCUGAGCUCGGUGGAACACAUGCACGCCUGCACGUGGAUCCGGAAUCACUUGGAGGAGUACCCGGACACCUGCCUGCCGAAACAAGACGUGUACGACGCCUACAAGAGGUACUGCGAUAACCUUUGCAGCCGGUCUCUGAGCGCAGCGAAUUUUGGCAAGAUCAUCCGGGAGAUCUUCCCAAACAUCAAAGCAAGAAGGCUGGGCGGCCGUGGACAAUCAAAGUAUUGCUACAGCGGAAUUCGGAGAAAGACAGUGGUCCACAUGCCUCCUCUUCCCAGCCUAGAUCUUAAAGAAGCCGAGAUGACCGAGAGGACGGACCUGGUGCAGACGUACAACGACGAAGUGACAGAGGCGGCUUGCGCUCUGACCUGCGAUUGGGCGGAGAAGAUCCUCAAGCGGACGUUCAGCAAUAUCGUGGAGGUGGCGCAGUUCCUCAUCCAGCAGCACAUCAUCAACCCCCGCUCAGCCCACGCCGACCUGGUCAUGGCAAUGGUGCUCUCAGAAGCUGCAGAAGCUCCCAGGGAAAAACGAUUGCCCCCAAGCACCAAGAAGAAUGAACCCGAAGCCCCAGAGAAUGCAGCCAAACCACAGCCUCAGGCCAAAAAAGAGAACCCCUCCAAGCUGUCCACAGCCCCCCAAAGGAGCGAGGCCAAGAAGCCCACGGAAGCCCCAGCCAAGCCAGCCAGCGCCCCCCAAGUGAGCGCACUGAUGGCCCGCCUUCCUUUGCUGUUGCCCCGAGUGCAGCCCGUCGAGAGGCUGGUGGUGUCUCCCGGGGUGGCAGCCAUCCACUCCUCCCCGCCUGUCUUGGCACCCAAACUCAUGGCCACCCCGGUGGGGGGCACAGUCAAGAUGGCCUUGUCCGUGGGCCCCACUUCAUCCCCGCUGCCCCUGAACCUGGCGCCGGCUGUGAACGGUCCCGGGGCGAUGGUCACCCAGCAGAGCGCUGUGCCGGUCAUCAACAUGAUCCUUCCCAGCGUGGCGGUGCCCCCUGUAGCCGAGAUCCCAACCCCACCCAAAAACGCACCGGGCAGCGGAGGCUCGACAGUGAGCGAGCCCAAGUGGAGUCUUCCGGACCCUCCGAAAGCCAAAACUCCCACCAAGCGGCCAGCAGAGUCAUCUACGGACGCAGCGAUGGUGAAGAGGAAGCGCGGGCGACCCCGGAAGAAGCCGGAUGAGCCGGACUCGGGCCUGCCAGAGAAGGCUGUCGCCGAAGAGGAGGCGUCGGAUGCAAAGGAAGACUCUGACAUCAUUGUGGUCACUGUGGAUUUCGAAGACUGCUCUUCAUCCUCCACCCACCGGGGGUUCCGAAAAGAGGGUUCCGAAGUGGAGGUGCUCCCCAUAGGAGGCACCAAGGGACCGUCCCCCAGGGACACCGGCGGAGCCAGCCUCUCUGCAGCUAGCAGCCAUGUUGUUGGCAACCCUGCAAAAGCUGCCGUCUUGCCUUCCCAGGUGAGUGUCAUCCAGGGCCACAAAUCUGGCAUCCAGAGCCUUCUGAAGAUGGCAGGAAGCAACUCGCACAAACCUGGGCAGUUGGGUCAGGGCUCGACAGGGCCAGGGGUCGAGCCCAAAGCUACCCUAGCAACAGAUUCAGUCUCCCGUUCCCCCCUUGAAGACGCCCAGUCAGAGAGAUCCAGCUCGUCAGAAUCCGAAUCUGAGCCCCAAGACCUUUCCAUCAGCAAAUCCAGCUUGCCGUCAUCCAAGGGUCAUUCGGACACUGCUGGCUUGCGGGGAUCUGUCAUGCAAUUGCAUCGGAACAGUGCUGAGUGGGGCAAAGGGGGGACGGCAAGCCCUCCAGUGACUUCCACGCAUGCCCCGAGUCGGUAACGUUCCCAUCCCGGGCCCCGUUUCGGGUGUGCAUCCCGGUACCACAUUGGCAUCACUGAGCCCAGCUUCUCGCCUGUUCCUGUCCGUUUUGGUGAUGCACGCAUUUCGGAGGAAAACACAAAACAGUAUUGGCUGCCGAACUGCUUUUCAUCCAGCAUUUUCUCCCCGGGUGAUGUGUCCCCAAACAGAUGUUUACUUAUGAUCGGUAAUAGGAAGCGAGGUUGGGUCCCUGAUAUUCCAGAGCUGGUGGAUUCUGCUCAUAAAGGAUGCAGAUUUCUAAAUGCCCUCCAGCUUCUUGCACCGGCAAAAGAUCAUUCACCAAGAGUACGGAAGGAAGGCCGGAACUUGGGUUUGGCACCACUCCCGUUGGGAUGUAGGCUUUUGCAGUUUCCUCUCCAGAGCCAGCACGGGUGUUUGAGGGGAGGGAAGAGUUUUCAUUUCUUCGGUUGCAAAUUUUCUUGUGAAAGUUUGAAAAAAACAACUUGUCUUUCACAGGGAACACCCCCCACCACACACACACACACACACACGCUCCCCUUAAUCUCUGAGCAUCUAGACAAUCGUCACAGCCAGCAUCCCAAAGAAUUUUGUUUUCAUCUUCUGCCCUUGAGCUUCUGUUUCAUGCAAAAUUGGGGGCCGCUUUGUUCUGUGUUAUUUAAGUUGGAAAAUGUCAGCGAUUCCUUCCCUCCUUUCUCGCGCUUUCCUUUCCAUCCCUUGUUUUGCUAUGUAAAACCCCACUGCACAGACGUCUUUUUUUAAAAAAAUAAAAACAGUAGUUCAUCUGUUCGUUAA